GAUUAGAGGGCAUUCCAACUGAAAGCCAUGUGGUCAGGGCUGCUUCUGGAAAAUAUUUUUAUUUUACGGUGUUGAACGUUUUCAUCGGAGUUACUUUAGGUGGAACCUUGUUCCAAACAUUCAAGCAAGUUCAGGAUAAACCGAAAGAUGUUGUGAUCUUGCUAGCUAAAAGUCUUCCAGGAAAUGCUACUUUUUUCUUGACCUAUGUCGCACUGAAAUUUUUUAUCGGCUACGGCCUUGAGCUGUCCCGGAUAAUUCCUCUUAUUAUCUACCAUUUGAAGAAAAAAUUUCUAUGCAAGACUGAAGCUGAGUUAAAACAAGCUUGGGCUCCUGGAGAUCUUUCUUAUGCAACAAGAAUUCCCAGUGACAUGCUUAUUGUCACAAUUGUUUUCUGUUAUUCUGUUAUUGCUCCUCUUAUCAUCCCUUUUGGUGCUCUCUAUUUUGGCCUCGGAUGGCUCGUAUUGCGAAAUCAGGCACUCAAAGUAUAUGUACCAGCAUAUGAAAGUUAUGGAAGAAUGUGGCCGCACAUAAACAACCGUAUAAUAGCAGCUUUGAUAUUGUACCAGAUAACCAUGUUUGGGUACUUUGGGGUGCAGAAAUUCGUCUAUGCACCAUUAUUGCUUCCUCUUCCAAUAAUGUCGAUAUUAUUCGGCUUUGUUUGCGCGAAAAGAUUUUAUCCGUCUUUCCAAAAUCAAUCACUUGAGGUUGCAGCAGCUUCGGCGCUUAAGGGAGUUCCAAACAUGGAAUUGAUGUUCAGGGCUUUCAUUCCACCAAGCUUGAGUUCUGAGAAAAUCGACGAUGAUCAGUUCGAAGAUUUUGAAGAUGCGCGGUCUCAAGUUUCAAGAUCAACAUCAUUUGUUUGAUGUGGUUUUAGUUGUGCAGCAGCCUUGUGUAGUAUAAUGUUUUUAGAUAUUGUUGAUAACAAGUUUUAGGAAUCAGGGAGUGUUUGUGAAUGUGAUUAUGUUAAGUUGAGAUUUGUUGGUUUGAAAAUACUAUUGUACACUGUUUGUUCCACUUGUAAUAGAUGUGAAGUGUUUUGAUGUUUAUAA